AUACCAAUACAGCGAAUAAUUGAGUUGAUGUGGCAGACACCCAGACACACACUAUUUAAACGUUUUAGCAUUUACUAUUUAUGCAUUAAAUUACUGCCGUGUAAAUUGAUUGUCGUUCAGGUUUAAGCCCCUUACUGCAUGUGUCAGGGGUUCCUCUGGCAUCUGAGGUGGUGUUCCUUAGUAUCAAGUGUAUUCUACUAAGGUUUCUAACCUAAAAAUCGGCACUAUUUGUUUAUAGUGUAACGUUCAACGUUGCCUGAUGCUGGUAUUUACAUUUAUUUAAUACAUAUUUUCGUUUCAACUGACAAGAAUACCAAGUAAUUUUUUUAUUAAAAAUGGAAACCGAAAAAGUAACCAUGCUAAGAUACAGAGGAUCAAAAUUUAGUAAAGUUAAAAAGAUAGAUAUUUUUCCAAAAGUGGAGGAAACGUUUAAGGAAAAGUCAUCUGUGGGCGGAACCUUUUCAGUAUUUAGUUUUAUUUUAAUUGUUUGGCUAGUGUACUCUGAGACUAAAUAUUACAUGGAUAGUAAAUUUAUUUUCAAGUUUUCACCAGAUGUUGAUUUUGAUGCAAAGUUAAAAAUUAAUGUGGAUAUUACAAUAGCUAUGCCUUGUUCAAAUUUGGGUGCUGAUAUUUUGGAUUCCACCAAUCAAAAUGCAUACAAAUUUGGGUCUUUGGAAGAGGAAGAUACCUGGUUUGAGCUAGCACCAAAUCAAAGAGCUCAUUUUGAUAAUAAGAAACACUUUAACUCAUACUUAAGAGAAGAGUAUCAUGCUGUUAAGGACUUGUUAUGGAAGAGUAGUUUUUCGACAAUGUUUGGACAUAUGCCAGAUAGAAAUAAAGUUCCAAACACUCCACAUGAUGCUUGUCGAAUACAUGGAUCUUUAAUCUUAAAUAAAGUGUCUGGGAAUUUUCACAUUACUGCUGGAAAAAGUUUAAACCUGCCUAGAGGUCAUAUACAUAUAAGUGCAUUUAUGAGUGAAAGGGACUAUAAUUUCACUCACAGAAUAGACCGUUUUAGCUUUGGAGAUCCUAGCCCUGGAAUAGUACACCCUUUAGAAGGAGAUGAGUUAAUAACACACAAUGGAAUGACACUAUUUAAUUAUUUUAUUGAAGUAGUACCAACCAGUGUGAAAACAUUUUUAACUACUGUAGAUACAUAUCAGUAUAGUGUGAAAGAACUUAACAGACCCAUUGAUCAUGAUAAAGGUAGUCAUGGCAUGCCAGGAAUAUUUUUUAAGUAUGAUAUGUCUGCAUUAAAAGUCACUGUAAACCAAGAAAGGGAUCACUUGGGUAUGUUUUUAGCAAGAUUAUGUUCAAUAAUUGGAGGCAUAUAUGUAUGUUCAGGGUUUCUAAAUAAUUUGGUGCAAUUUUGUUACAAUUUUAUAAUGUGUAAUUGGGGACGCCCAACAAACCAAAAUGAAAGCAAUUUAAAAUCCAACAAAGUUCCUGAUGUUGUACCUGUUGCUUUGUGAUAAAACUUUUUUAUUUAUUUAACCUUGUUCUGUUGAUAAUUCUUGGAUACUAUUAAAAUGAAAUGAUGUACAUA